CAGGACGAGCUCUUGGCGGCGUUUCACUAAACCGCAGGAUCCUCCUCACACAAGUACUGGAUCUAAUGAAAACUUCAUCAUACGACUGUCACUAGCAAAGGCAAAACCGUCUCUUCCCUGCGCUGAUGAAAUUGCAAAAACAUGCCAUUGGGUUGCUUCAGGUCUAGAAAGAACUGUGUUCGGAUAUAAUACAUCUAAAGAAGGGUUUUUUUUUUUUUGUUGUUGUUGUUGUAUUGGGUUUUUUUUUUUGUUGUUUUUUUUUUUUUUUGGAAAGCGCAGCGCAUUCAUGUACAAAUCGGAUUACCAAACAACACCUGGAGAAACAGCUGUUUAAUUGUUUAACAAAGUCGAGAACAGAUAACAAGGAUGGCAAGUAACCCAUUUUCAGCAGUACUGUUGCUGAUAGUAGUACUUGGGAAUGUGGUCUUCGUGUUAGUAUCUGCACAGCAAAAGGAUCCAAAUCCGAAGCCGAUUUCCCACGGGGGUCCACCGCAUCUUUUAGGCGCUUCCGAGACUACACUGGAAACAGUUAAUGCAAAUGAUCAUCUAGGUGCCAAUAUUUCUAACUCGCUGGUGUCACAGCCUUACCCCAAAACCAUGAACCCCGGCAGACCGCGGCACGUAUCCCCCCCUAUGUGUUCCGGACCGACUGAAAUAAAAGAUACGUUUAAAUACAUUAACACGGUUGUCUCGUGUCUGGUGUUUGUGGUUGGGAUAAUUGGCAACUCCACCUUGCUGAGAAUUAUCUACAAAAAUAAAUGCAUGAGGAAUGGACCAAAUAUCUUAAUUGCCAGCCUUGCCUUAGGGGAUCUCCUCCAUAUUGUAAUUGCUAUACCCGUCAACGUGUACAAGCUCCUAGCUGAAGAUUGGCCCUUUGGAGUCGAAAUGUGCAAACUUGUGCCAUUUAUUCAAAAAGCAUCAGUUGGGAUAACGGUCUUAAGUUUGUGUGCGCUCAGUAUUGACAGAUAUCGAGCUGUGGCUUCCUGGAGCCGCAUUAAAGGAAUCGGAGUUCCGAAGUGGACGGCCAUCGAGAUUUCACUUAUAUGGGUUAUAUCAGUCAUCCUGGCCGUGCCAGAGGCUAUUGCUUUUGAUAUGAUUGCAAUGGAUUACAAAGGAGAGCAUCUACGAAUCUGCCUUUUACAUCCAAUGCAAAAAUCACAGUUCAUGCAGUUUUACAAGUCAGCUAAAGACUGGUGGCUGUUUAGUUUUUACUUCUGCAUGCCACUGGCUUGCACUGCUGUUUUCUACACCUUAAUGACAUGUGAGAUGCUACGAAAGAAAAAUGGGAUGCAGAUUGCUUUAAAUGAUCAUAUAAAACAGAGGCGAGAGGUAGCAAAGACGGUCUUUUGUUUGGUGUUGGUCUUCGCACUCUGCUGGCUACCAUUGCAUCUCAGUAGAAUCUUGAAGUUAACCAUUUAUGAUGAGAAGGAUCCCAACAGAUGUGAAUUACUGAGCUUCUUUCUUGUGCUGGAUUACAUUGGUAUCAACAUGGCUUCAGUGAAUUCCUGUAUAAACCCAAUUGCUCUCUACAUGGUCAGCAAACGAUUCAAAAACUGCUUCAAGUCCUGUCUGGGUUGCUGGUGCCAGUCGAAAGACAUACUCCCUUUGGAUGAGAAGCAGUCCUGCUUGAAGUCUAAAGCUCAUGACCGUACAUCUGAACAGAGCAACUCCCGAGCUAGCAACAAGUACAUGUCCUCCUAAUACACAUGAGGAACCACGCCUUCAGGACUUCCUUCUGUCCCCUGUCAAAUGUUGACACCUGUUGAUGUAGGCAUCAUUAUUUCAGUCUUGAACAUGCUUU